AUGAACAUCACUAUAGAUGACUUCAGUCCUCGACUGCAGUUCUUCUCGACCGCGCCAAAUGGGAAUCGGACAUGGGUGCGCAGCGAGACUGCCGACCCAGCAGUGGCUUACUGCUACCGGAACAGCUUUACCGCUACUGUCGGAGAGGGCGAUCGAAUGGUGUUCACCUUCAAUGGAUCGGCGGUAUGGGUCUACGGUACGAACUGGUUCAAUCAUGGUGCUUUCUCAGCUCGGAUCGAUAAUAAGGACCCGGUCGUCAAGACGGGCACAUCGGAUGAUCGGAUCUUCCAGAAGAUCUUGCAUUACGAGGGCGAUUUGGAUGUGAACAAGGAGCAUACCCUCACGCUGACAAAUCUACCGAGCGCAUCGCAAGGCAAGACCGGUACCGACUUCUACCUCGACAUUGACUAUAUCGUCGUUCAGCAGCCCAUUGCCAAGAGAAUCUAUACUACCGAGCUCGACGACUUCUCGCCCCUCAUCCAGUACUCGGGCCCACCUGCUUGGGACGCCCGCUUCCCGACUGCGCCGGUACAUCACAAUCUCACGCUACAUGCGACGAGUACAGCUGGGAGUACGGCGACUCUGCAAUUCAAUGGGUCUUCGGUAGAGGUGUUUGGCAGUUUGAACGCGGACAAUGGCAAUUACUCGGCGAUUAUCGAUGGGGUCAGGAAGGGGACGUUCAACGGGACGUGGUCUGAGCUUCUGCCGGAUACAUCCUUGUUCGGUGUCUCCGGUCUAUCAGAUGGUCCGCACACCCUCGUGUUGACCAACAUCCCCUCUGGCGCUUCCGCUGGCCGUCGGAACUUCAACAUCGACCGCAUCGUCUUCAACUCCACUGUCGACCCCUCCGGCCGAGGUGGCUCGGCGCCACCAUCCUCCUCAUCCGGCGGACAAGACGAUUCCAAAUCCACCACGCCCAUAGCCGCCAUAGCUGGCGGCGUCGCCGGCGGUGUCGUGGCGCUCGCGAUCAUUGGCGGUCUCGUCUGGUGGUUCCUUCGUCGGAAGCGGAAUAUGCGGGAAGGCGGUCUGGGCAAGGCGGCGCAGAUCGACCUGACGGGGGAUGAGGUCAAACCUUUCCGGAACGAGGGAGGGGUAUCGCCCCUGGAAGGCGUCUACAGCGAUGAGCAGUCGAGUUACAUUCUGGUCCCCGCAGCAACGGCGUCACGUGACUCUAUGGGUGGACUGGACAAUCGGAAUCUACCUCGGCUCAACAUCCCCGCUCCUCCCGGAUCAGACGCGACGUCCUACCCUCCCUCAACAGUCGGCAGGUCAGCCGGUCCAGCCACCGAGACGCCAAUCCGGCCAGGGUUCUAUCCCGAGCAGAAUCCCUUCGCCAGCGGCGCCAGCACCACCUCCCUGCCCUACGUCACCACAUCCACUCUCGGCUCCACCUUUAGUCCCACCCGUUCCGACAACCUCUCUCCCUCCGACAGCCGUUCAGUCUAUAACCCCAAUCUACCGCCAAUCAGCUCGCGUACGCUUAGCGAUAUCAGCGCUGUCGGCAUCCCGCAUGCUGAUGGUCUUCCGUCCGCAGUUCAACGCACGAGCCCCACCAACACCUCCAGCGCAUCGAGCACGGCUUAUCCUCGGGACUUCAAGUCACCCGAGGCGGCUUCGCUGGUCGAAACUCUUAGACAAGGCGUCAUCGGCGAGACGCGGGAAGGUGUCGCAGGGGAUAUGGCGGGAAGCCCAGGCAGAGGUAGAAGAGAAGCUGAGGCGGACUUGCUCACCUCGUCUUGGAGGUAUGAUCAAUUGCCGCCGCCGUAUAAUAGUGCUCGACCGGAGAGUCAGUCUUAG